GUAUUCAGACCCUUUGCUGUGACACUCAUAUAUUUAACUUGGUGCUGUCCAUUUCUUCUGAUAAUCCUUAAGAUGGUUCUACACCUUCGUUGGAGUCCAGCUGUGUUUGAUUAUACUGAUUGGACUUGAUUAGGAAAGCCACACACCUGUCUAUAUAAGACCUUACAGCUCAUAGUGCAUGUCAGAGCAAAUGAGAAUCAUGAGGUCAAAGUAACUUCCUUAAGUGCUCAGAGACAGAAUUGUGGCAAGGCACAGAUCUGGCCGAGGUUACAAAAAACAUGUCUGCUGCACUUAAGGUUCCUAAGAGCACAGUGGCCUCCAUAAUCCUGAAAUGGAAGACGUUUGGGACGAUCAGAACCCUUCCUAGAGCUGGCCGUACGGCCAAACUGAGCAAUUGGAGGAGAAGAGCCUUGGUGAGAGAGGUAAAGAAGAACCCAAAGAACACUGUGUCUGAGCUCCAGAGAUGCAGUUGGGAGAUGGGAGAAAGUUCAAGAAAGUCAACCAUCACUGCACGGAAGCCUCUCCUCAAUGCAAGACAGAUGAAAAGCCCGCAUGGAGUUUGCUAAAAAAAAAAAAACACCUGAAAGACUCCAAGAUGGUGAGAAAUAAGAUUGUCUGGUCUGAUGAGACCAAGAUAGAAAUUGUUGGCCUUAAUUCUAAGUGGCAUGUGUGGAGAAAACCGGACACUGUCCAAUACAGUCCCAACAGUGAAGCAUGGUGGUGGCAGCAUCAUGCUGUGGGUGUGGUUUUCAGCUGCAGGGACAGGGAGACUGGUUGCAAUCGAAGAAAAGAUUAAUGCGGCCAAGUACAGGGAUAUCCUGGACAAAAACCUUCUCCAGAGUGCUCAGAACCUCAGAGUGGGCAGAAGGGUCACCUUAAAAAAACACAAUGACUCUAAGCACACAGCUAAAAUAACGAAGCAGUGGCUUCAGAACAACUCUGUGACUGUUUUUGAAUGGCCCAGCCAGAGCCCUGACUUAAACCCAAUUGAGCAUCUCUGGAAAGACCUGAAAAUGGCUGCCCACCAACGUUCACCAUCCACCCUGACAGAACUGGAGAGGAUAUGCAAGGAGGAAUGGCAGAUGAUCCCCAAAUCCAGGUGUGAAAAACUGGUUGCAUCAUUCCAGAAAAAGACUCAUGGCUGUAUUAGCUCAAAAGGGUGCUUCUACUAAAUACUCAGCAAAGGGUCUGAACACUUAUGGCUGUGAUAUUUCAGUUUUUCUUUUUUUAAUAAAUCUGCAAAAAUGUCAACAAUUCUUUUUUUUUCCUGUUAACAUGUGGUCUUCUGUGUACAUUAAUGUGGAAAAAAUGAUUUUAGCAAAUGGCUGCAAUAUAGAAAAGAGUAAGGUGGUCUGAAUACAUUCCGUACCCACUGUACAACUGGGUAAAAAGCUAAAGAAAAGUAGCGGCACCAAUUUCUAUAUAAGUGGAAUAGCUGUACUCUGUGAAGAUCCUUUCUUGCUGUCCCUCAUGGAUGGAGGAGCUUUUACCCUCCUGAUUUUCUGCCAAGUCUUCCUUUACUGUUUUACCAGCUGUGAUGUUGAGACUUAAUGGGUUUAUUGUGCUGCUUCCUUAUUAUGUACAGGAAAAUGAGUGAUUAAGUACAGUAUGAGAAAAAACUUUGCUGAGCAAUGUCCAAACCCACUGUAUUCUCCGGUACAUAUAAUUGAACUUUGAGUCGCUGAUGCUCACUGGGUCACUUAUUAUUUGCUUUUACGCUUUUGAAUAGACUUUACACCGAUUUUAUCGGCCUUAUCGGUAUCGGCCAAUAAUUAGCAUUUUAUGUUGAUCAUCUGAUCGGCUUUAAUGUCAUAAUUCGCCGGUCCGAUCAAUGACGUCAUUGAUCGGCUCCGCAAAAGACAUUUAUUCCGCGUCGCCAUCCUGCACAGUAUAUUUAAAUCCAAAACCUAGUUUAUUUUUAGCCUUGUCGCAUGUCUUUUGGCGUAGUCCUGUAAAUGUCUGACGGUCAAUGAAGUUAUUUUAAAAAAAAUAAACAUGUCGGCGGUGUGGAACAGACAACAAGUCUGAGACAGACAGCACAUAAUGCCCGGAUCAGACUACAAGACAAAUUUGCUCUUUCACGAUUGCACUAUGUCAGACUACUGCAAUAAAUUCUUGUAUUCCGAUACCACCGCAUCCCAUUUUUUCCGAUCACUGGGCUUCAUCGUGUCAACGCAAACGCGACCGGAUACACUCGUUACCAUGGCGACGACAACAAUAAUGGAUCGCACAGUGUGUUUGUAAGAACAAAAUGGGGAAAACCGUGUGUUUGUGGUCACCGGUGCUCAGGAGAGGACGUUCAUUUAAGGCUUGCUUCAGGUAUGUUCACGUACAUUUAAUACGAUACGGCUCGCAAGCAGGCAACAAAAACGUUAUGUAGCCUUGCAAACUAGUGCUAGCACAAACGGUUGUACGCAAACAUGCCGCCAUUCUGUCGACUCAUGCUCUAAAGUUUCGGUGUGGGUGAAGUAAUUUAAUUAAAAAUAAAGUCAUUUAAUUAGCACCCAUUAUUUCUAUCAUGUUGUAAUGUUGGUUUGACCUGACUGAUUAGAAUACAUGACCUGACGAGAGCAGUGAUUUCCAACCUUUAUGGUGCCAAGGAACAUAUUUUACAAUUGAAAAAUCUCACGGCACACCAACAAACAAAAAUGUCACAAAAAGUGGAUACAUUAAUUACUGUAUUUACUUCCUGCAAUCUAAUAGAAGACCAUUCAUUUGUUCUGUCUGUCACUAUGCCUCACUGGCAUAAAUAGAUUAUUUAUUGUAAAUAUAAUGUUUUGAGCAAUUAAGUACACAAGUAUAUACAGUAAAUGAACAGGUCAUUUAAAUAGACACAUUCCUCCAUCAUGUGAUCGGUUAUCGUUUUUUUUAAACUCGCUGAUUGGUGAUCGGCCCCAAAAAUCAUGAUAGUGGAAAGCCUACUUUUGACAGUAAAAACUGUAAAACAUUGCUUCUCUUUCCCAACAAUGACCAAUGAGGUGUCUUGCUAACAGAGCCACUGGUGAAAUGAGAACCAUUGCUACAUCCCUAAGGGUUGACCAACAACAUUUCAACCAAUGCUGCACAUUUCUGCUUUUUGAGGUCCCCUAAACGGGAACUCAACUGGCUUCGUACAACUCUCUGGGAUGUUGCAAACAAUGAUGUGCACAAUACUACAAUGUACUUAUUUUAGUGAGUGUUUUAGAGAGAUCUGUCUUUUGGUAAGGAAGCCAUUAAUAGUGGAUCUAUGGAGAAGGUAGAUUUGCACACAUCCAGCCUGUUCAUGACACAAGUCACUAUAUUGUAGAUACAGGUGCAUAUCAAUGAAUGUAAUGAUUUGGUAAACUAAAUUUAUUUCUGUAGCUCAAAAAUUGAAACUCAUACAUUACAUACAAGUAACAAACAAGGCACACCGUCGGACAAGGACACUGUGGAUGAGGUGGGAAUUAAAAAUACAGUAGUAGGUAUGUUAAACAGCAGUGGCGGUCCCCUCCAAGUGGUCCACAUAAAGAGAUGAAAGUCUCCUUUUUCCCAUCAGGAAAAGUAUGCCUCAUUAGUUUACAACCCCAAUUCCAAUGAAGUUGGGACGUUGUGUUAAACAUAAAUAAAAACAGAAUACAAUGAUUUGCAAAUCAUGUUCAACCUAUAUUUAAUUGAAUACACAACAAAGACAAGAUAUUUAAUGUUCAAACUGAUAAACUUGAUUGUUUUUGGCAAAUAAUCAUUAACUUAGAAUUUUAUGGCUGCAACACGUUCCAAAAAAGAUCGGACAGGUGGCAAAAAAGACUGAGAAAGUUGAGGAAUGCUCAUCAAACAUCUGUUUGGAACAUCCCACAGGUGCACAGGCUAAUUGGGAACAGUUGGGUGCCAUGAUUGGGUAUAAAAGGAGGUUCCCUGAAUUGCUCAGUGAUUCACAAGCAAAGAUGGGGUGAAGUUCACCUGUUUUUAAACAAGGGCGUGAGAAAAUAGUCGAAGUUUAAGGACAAUGUUCCUCAACGUACAAUUGCAAAGAAUCUAGGGAUUUCAUCAUCUAAAGUCCAUAAUAUCUUCAAAAGGUUCAGAGAAUCUGGAGAAAUCACUGCAUAUAAGCGGCAAGACCGAAAACCAACAUUUAAUGCCCGUGACCUUCGAUCCCUCAGGCGGCAAUGCAUCAAAAACCGACAUCAAUGUGUAAAGGAUAUCACCACAUGGGCUCAGGAACACUUCAGAAAACCAAUGUCAGUAAACACAGUUCAGCGCUACAUCCAUAAGUGCAACUUAACACUCUACUAUGCAAAGCAAAAGCCAUUUAUCAACAACACCCAGAAACGACGCCGACUUCUCGAGCUCAUCUAAGAUGGACUGAUGAAAAGUGUUCUGUGGUCCGACGAGUUCGCAUUUCAAAUUUUUCCAUUUUCUGAGCCGCUUAUCCUCACAAGGGUCACGGGAGUGCUGGGGCCUAUCCCAGCUAUCUUCGGGCAGGAGGCGGGGUACACCCUGAACUGGUUGCCAGCCAAUCGCAGGGCACAUGUAAACAAACAACCAUUCGCACUCCAAUUCACACCUACGGGCAAUUUAGAGUCUUCAAUGAACCUACCAUGCAUGUUUUUGGGAUGUGGGAGGAAACCGGAGUGCCCGGAGAAAACCCACACAGGCACGGGGAGAACAUGCAAACUCCACACAGGCGGGGCCGGGAUCUGAACCCUGGUCGUCAGAACUGUGAGGCAGAACUGUGUGGACUUGGAGAAGGCGUUCGACCGUGUCCUGUGGGGGGUGCUUCGGGAGUAUGGGGUACCGAACCCCUUGAUACGGGCUGUUUGGUCCCUGUACGACCGGAGUCAGAGUUUGGUCCGCAUAUCCGGCAGUAAAUCGGACUCGUUUCUGGUGAGGGUUGGACUCCGCCAAGGCUGCCCUUUGUCUCCGAUUCUGUUCAUAACUUUUAUGGACAGAAUUUCUAGACACAGCCGAGGCGUAGAGUGAUGUCCGGUUUGGUGGCGUCAGUAUUGCAUCUCUGCUUUUUGCAGAUGAUGUGGUUCUGUUGGCUUCAUCGAGCUGUGACCUCCAACUCUAACUGGAGCAGUUCGCAGCUAAGUGUGUAGCGGCUGGGAUGAGAAUCAGCACCUCCAAAUCUGAGACCAUGUUCCUUAGUCGGAAAAGGGUGGCAUGCCCUCUCCAAGUAGGCGAUGAGAUCCUGCCCCAAGUGCAGGAGUUCAAGUACCUUGGGGUCUUGUUCAAGAGUGAGGGAAGAAUGGAACGGGAGAUCGACAGGCGGAUCGGUGCAGCGUCUGCAGUGAUGCGGACUUUGUAUCGAUCCGUUGUGAUAAAGAAGGAGCUAAGCCGAUAGGCGAAGCUCUCAAAUUACCGGUCGAUCUACGUUCUUACCCUCACCUAUGGUCACGAGCUGUGGGUCGUGACCGAAAGAACAAGAUCCCGGAUACAAGCGGCUGAAAUGAGUUUCCUCCGCAGGGUGUCCAGGCUCUCCCUUAGAGAUAAGUUGAAAAGCUCAGUCAUCCGGGAGGAUCUCAGAGUCGAGCCGUUGCUCCUCCACAUCGAGAAGAGCCAGAUGAGGUGGUUGGGGCAUCUGAUUUGGAUGCCUCCCGUACGCCUCCGGCACGGGGAGAACAUGCAAACUCCACACAGGCGGGGUCGGCGAUUGAACCCCGUACCUCAGAACUGUGAAGCAGACGCUCUCACCAGUCGCCCACCGUGCCGCCCGUGAUGAACUAAAAUUAUUAAAAUUGAAUAAAUGAAGCAAACAAAUUUUAUAGGGUUGCCAAAUGUGGUCAGAAAAUAAAAUCAGAUCAAGGCAUAGUUAACAUAUUUAGUAACUUGAACUUGAGUCCAAAUGGCAACACAAUAAGGCAGUACAACCAUGUCAUUAUGAUAGUAUGAAUAAAGUCAAAUAAAUAAAACCACAUUAUUCUUAUGAAUUAGACAAUAUUUAAACAAAUAAAACUGAAGUUAAUGUUCAACAAUAUUUCGUUCAUAAAUAUAUUUUCACUAUUAAAUUAAAAACCAUGUAUUUCUUUUUUCUUUUCAUCCUAAACACCAAUAAAAUUAUUUUCUGUUGUUAUUAAGAUCAAAACCCAAAUUUAUUUCUUAUUUAUUUGGGGAUACAGGCAGUGUUAUUACAUCAUGAGGGGUAAAUCUAUUACAUUUUUGAGAAUGCACUGUUUUACCUACACUGUUUUUGUGUGCGCUACAAGGCUGAAUAUGUGUGCCAUUACAAUAUCUAGUAACUUAGAGGUUAUAUUAACUCAUCUAAUCCAAUGCUGGUAAGACAACUACAACAAGGAACAAGGAAAUCAUGUCUGUUUCCUGACAAUCAUCGAGCAAUUCAAUGGGCGAGGCCUCCACAUGGCACAAAAUAUAAACAGAUGGCCCACAUCACUGCAGUGACACCAUUCAUGCUCUUCUGACAGAGAUGCUUUUUCCGGUCUUCCUCGUGCUGAGCGUCUGCCUAGUGCCUGCACACUUGGAACACACCGAACAUCUUGGUAGUUCUUUCCUUCAACAAUGCUUUGAAGAAGCCAAACAUAUUGUUGACAAUGCCUACACAUACUCCAGAGCAGAGAGUCUUAGACGAGUCCGCAACGAUGUGGUGAGUCCUCACGAUGCUCUGCGUCUGCUGAAGCAGCCUCGUGGGGACACUCGCUCCGCUGUGAGGGCUGCAGACUACAUGGCACAGACCUUGUACCUCGUGCAGGAGAGAGUGCACAACAUCCACAAACGCUCCCUCAAUGCAACAGAUUUGCUCUCUGCGGAGGAUCUGGAGAGACUGAGCAUGAUAACGGGUUGUGCCGCUCAAGUCAGACCUCCGCCCUGUAGCAGCACGCAAAACCUCGACAAGUAUCGCACUGCUACAAGCGUUUGCAACAACCGACAAAACCCCCGCCGAGGAGCCUCAAACACUCCCUUCACCCGCUGGCUUCCUGCUGAGUACGAUGAUGGCAUCUCGCAACCUAAAGGGUGGCACCCCAACCGAACAUUCAACAACUUCAUGCUUCCACUGGUUCGCGAGGUGUCCAAUAAUAUCCUGAGCACGACGGAUGCGGGCGUGGUCAGUGAUGGGGAGUUCUCACACAUGGUGACCUUAUUUGGUCAGUGGAACGAUCACGACAUCACUUUCACACCCUUCUCGCCCAGCAUCCGCUCCUUCAGCAACGGGAUCAACUGCGACGAAAGCUGUGAGCGCACUGAGCCGUGCAUCCCCAUCCCGAUUCCUCCCAACGACCCACGCUUGCAAAGCGGUCCUGACAGCUGCAUCCCCUCGUUCAGAUCCGCCCCCGUUUGCGGGACGGGAAAUUCGGCCUUCAACUUCGGAGGAGAAGCCAACAAGCGGGAGCAGAUAAAUGCACUGACCGCAUUCCUUGACUUGGGCCAAGUGUACGGCUCUGAGACUAAACUCGCUCUCAGCCUCCGCGACCUCAACAGUGAUGGCCUUAUGCGCGUCAAUUCCGAGUUUACUGACAACGGACAGGAGCUGCUGCCCUUUCACCCUCUGCCGGUCAACAUGUGUGCCACCCGCAGGCGGGUCACCAAUAACACCAACGCCAGAGAGGUUCCUUGUUUCAUUGCGGGUGACGUCCGUGUAGAUGAGAACGUUGCCCUCACUUCAAUUCACACUUUGUUCUUGCGUGAACACAACCGUCUAGCCCGUGGUCUGAAAAGACUGAACCCCCAAUGGGACAGUGAGACACUCUACCAAGAGGCCCGCAAGAUCAUGGGAGCUUAUUCACAGGUAUUUGUAAUCCGUGACUAUCUGCCGCACAUUGUGGGGGACGAUGCCAUGCGCAGGCUGCUGGGACCUUACCCCGGCUACAACCCCAAUGUGGACCCCAGGAUCUCCAAUGUCUUCGCCACAGCAGCCUACCGCUUCGCUCACUUGGCCAUCCAGCCUGUAUUCUCCCGCCUGGGCCCGGACUACAGAGAGGAUCGUCAGUUCCCCAGCAUCCCCUUGUUCAAAGCCUUCUUCACCCCCUGGAGAAUCAUCUUUGAGGGUGGCAUUGACUCGCUGCUGCGUGGUUUAGUAGGCCGACCUGCUAAAUUGAAUACUCAGGACCACAUGUUGGUGGACGCUCUGAGGGAGAGGCUUUUCCAGUUUGUGCUGGAACUGGCUCUAGACCUGGGAUCCCUGAACAUGCAGAGAGGGCGCGACCAUGGCUUGCCCGGCUACAACGCAUGGCGCAAAUUCUGUAACCUGUCUGAGCCCAGGAACCAGGCCGAGCUUGCUCACGUCCUGAACAACAGCGACCUGGCCCAGAGGCUGCUGCAACUCUAUGGGACGCCCGCCAACAUUGACGUCUGGCUGGGAGGCGUGGCCGAGCCCUUUGUCCGGGGCGGCCGUGUGGGCCCUCUGUUUGCCUGCAUCAUCGCCACCCAGUUCCAGAGGGUCCGCCAGGGUGACAGGUUGUGGUACGAGAACCCUGGUGUCUUCACUACGAGGCAGAGAGCUGCCUUGUCCACUGCCACCAUGUCCAGGAUCAUCUGUGACAACACAGGCAUCACGUCCAUCCCCAGUGAUGCCUUCAGGGUCAUAUCGAGUAGGAACCGGCUUGUACGUUGCAACAGAGUGCGACGCCUCAACCUGGCAGCGUGGAGAGAUAGGAGCUGUACAGAUUUCUUGGAAAAUGGUCACUGCCCUGAUCUCCCACCAGAACCCGAAGAUGAAGAAUUUCCAAAUGAGGAGGUACCUAACGAUGCGCUGGAUAACGAGCCUCCAAUGGAUGAUCUGGAUAACGAGCUUCCAGACCUGGUCUAAGGGAGCCCCAGCCACUCGGCAUCAUCAUUACCCAGUGCCUGUCUGCCCUCAUCGUCCUCUUGCGCCAAUUCAGUCAAGUCUCCACUUCAGGUUAUCUCCAAAGAGCAGAACCAUCGUCGCCAUCUUUCUCCACACCUGAAUACUGCCGGCGUGGAGUCAACGUUCUGUUCCAUGUGCAUCACUGUACCACGGUGUUCCACAGACACCAGCACUUUUUUUGCUGUCCUCCUUCAAACGUGCACACAGGCGGCUGACAAUGAUCAUGCAGCGACAUUUGUUAAACAUGUUCUUCUUUCUGUUACAGCAUACAAUUUGUCUUAGAUGUUGUUUGUAUUGUGAUGAUUAUUUAUGUAAUGAAGAAGUUUAGGCAUGCGCAAAGGCUUUUUAUGAUUCUCAUGUUUCUGUUCUGCACUCAAUAAAAA